GCCACUGCGCUCACUCCACUCCACGCUCAGACGCACACGGACACGGCGGGAGCACAUCCCUCACGGAGCACUGACAUAUCCCCGCGGAGCGCAGGCACAAGCCCCGAGCACGGAGCCGGCGGAGGAUCCAUGUGACACCUGUGGAUGCUGCUAGCGCGCGCCUGAUGUGAGGACUCACCGAGAGGAUUGAUCUGAAAACAGACGCCUUUAAUUCUUCCAUUACGCAUCACAAAGGAUCGUGCUGACGCGCGUAUAGAGCCUUUAUCGCUGUGCGCUGCAUAGGAAGGAUAUACACUGACUGUGAUUUUCUCUAUAAUGCUGCUGUGCGCGUGCGUGCUGCUGCUGCUUGCUGCCGCCUGCGGAGCCUCGUACGUGCCGUGCGAGCCAUGCGACCAGAAAGCGCUGUCCUUGUGCCCGCCCGUGCCCGUGGGCUGUCAGCUGGUCAAGGAGCCGGGCUGCGGCUGCUGUCUGACGUGCGCGCUCGAGGAGGGCCAGGCGUGCGGAGUGUACACGGGACCGUGCACGCGCGGGCUCCGCUGCCUGCCCAAGAACGGCGAGGAGAAGCCCCUGCACGCGCUGCUGCACGGCCGCGGCGUGUGCGCCAACGAGAAGUUGUACAAGCAGCGGUACGGAGCCAAAGACUCCCUGGACACCCGGAUGCCCGUACCUGAGACCGUGCCCUCCAUCGGUAAGGUGCCCCUCUACGGACUGGACCACAUCAGCAGUCGGAAAGCUCAGGCCAUGAAGCAGGCGAACGACCGCCGGAAGCAGCUAGCGCGUUUGGGACAGGCGAACAGCAUGGACCUGGCCACUCACGAGAUCAGCAAGUCAGACCCGGAGUUUGGCCCAUGUAGGAGGAGGUUGGACAAUCUGAUCCAGAGCAUGAAGGACACGUCUCGAGUUUUUGCUCUGUCUCUGUACCUGCCCAACUGCGACAAGAAAGGCUUCUUCAAACGCAAACAGUGCAAACCUUCUCGUGGCCGUAAGCGCGGAAUCUGCUGGUGCGUGGACAAGUUCGGCGUGAAGAUCCCGGGCAUCAACUACGCCGGCGGAGACCUGCAGUGCAAAGACCUGGACAAUACGAGCAACAACGAGUGAGCCAUAUAUGGGCCUUCCUCCUCCCACCUGCCAAUCAAGCUAGCACACUCCGACCAAUCAGGAAAGACACACUAUCUAUGUAUGUAUGUUUGUGAGGUGUGUGGACUGACGUUUUGCUAACCGGGGCUAAGUGAAUUUUUUUAGCCCUAUGUUGUACAAUAUUCACCUCAUCUUUAUAUCCAUAAUCAUAGAGUUCUAUAUUUGUAUAAUGUAAUUGAAAAGUGGUGAAAUAUGACAAGACAUUUUUACAUGUGGCUCUGAAAAGGUAUUGCGAAAACAGAUAUAAAAUGCAAUUAGCGAGCUAGCAUUAGCGUAAUGACGUAUGGAGUUCAAUUCAUUCCAAUUAGCCGGAAUAAGUUAAGCUGACUUGAUAUUUUUGUGUGCAACGAAAUUGACAUUUUUGAGUAAUCGAAAAGUAAAUGGUUGAGCAAAUGCCAAAAUUGAUUGAAGUACCCAGUGCCAAAGGUUUGAGUAAUGCUAACUCAAAUUCGCUAAUUUUCUAUGUUGUGCCAUUUUUAAGCUAAAUCUAGCAUCAAAAGUUCAAUGCCUUGUAAAAAUAAUUAUCUAACAAAUUCCAAACCCAUGAUUAGCUAGUGUUUUGUUUUUCUUUUCUAAAACCAAAAAUUAUUUUGCACAAAAAAAUAAAAAUUAACAACUAUAAAAGUGCAAUAUGUAACUUUUCUGGUGUGCUACCUGCUUAUCGUCAUGGAAAUGUUACAGUUCUGCGCAGAAUGAUUCCUCAGUACGGCAUUAAGCAUAUCUAUUUCCAUGGAGACAAGCUGCAAGUCAGAUCUAUGAAGAGGCAAACCUGCUCACAGUAAGAAUGUAUGUUUUUUAAGGUAUCUUGGGGGGGAAAAUAGCAAAACGUAGAUAGAUGCAUCAAUGCCAUACUGCGGAAUAUUCCAGACAAAGCAAAACCAUCACCAUAGCAACCAGAAAAGUUAUAUACGUUUGAAUGAACCAUCUGCGAAAAACAUGAUUUUAACAUUUACGUAAUAUAUGGGGCACUUUUUGGUAUUGUUUCUAAAAAAUGAACUCCUUUCGGUGUCAUUCAUAUUAAAACACUUGCUUUGUAAUUUUUGUAAGCACAUCCGACAUAUCCCGGAUUCCCAUACAUUUUGUGACAUAUUAUUUUCCAUAUCUCGUCGAUGGUGAUUGUAUAUGUAUGUACAGUUAUGGUAUGCAUGCUAUCGAAUGUGUUUUUACCCUUUGACGCUUGACAUUCCCGUGCCCGAACUCUUACGCAAAAGACCCCUCCUUGGUCCCAUCCCUGCCGCGGGGGGGUCUCUUGCUUCUCCUUCCCAGGCAAAUCCACUCUUUUCCGGCUCCUCCUCCUCCUCCUGUGUGCAGCCAGGUCACCGAGUUUGUAUGGAAAUCCAAGUGCCUUCUUCCCUGGCUUCCCUGCUUUAAAUAUGAUUUGCAUUAUGGGUACAAGCAAAUGGUGGCAGGUUCCCUCGCUAAAAAGCACUGCUGCAGAAAAGAUAUGCUUCCAUGUAGGAUUCGUAUCUUGGACACUUUACGAAAAUAGGUUGCGUUCACGUUCUAGAAUUCGAUGAUGCCAUAAUUUCAGGUGGGCAGAGGAUUUACUCUAUUGAAAAUUCUAAUCCACAAAUAUUGAAACUUUUCAUUAUUUGUUUGGGAUUGACUUCACAAACUUGUCAUAUUAAUCUUACGGCUUAAAGGCCUUUCAGAUGACAACAAUAACAUCUUUAGGGUUGAAUGAUGAAAUGACUCCCUAAAGCUAUUGAUACUUUGCGGUGACAUCACGCUGGGAAGGGGGGGUACUGCAUGUGUGUCUACAGGGGAAAGUCGAGCAGUUACAAUGGCGAGACACAGAUUAAGCAAAGACAGCCUAAUGAGUUUUUAGAUGGGCUGAAUUCUAAAUCAAAUUGAGCCACUGUCCCCAUUUACCCAGGACAGUCCUACACAGAUUUAUCCAAAAACAGUGAUUUGUCCCAGUUUUUACAAGAAAUGUCCUAGAUGCCACUAUUUUUGACCAAACUGAUCCCUUCCAACAGUAGAGAGGCAUAAAUUGUCAUUUGUUUAGGUAAAAUACAAUAAAAGCUGCUUAAAAAUGACCAAAACAUUAAGAAAAUGCGACUAUGCUGACUCACAUGUUUCCAGAAAUCGGCUUACCUGUUGUAGUUCCAGCUAAAUCAGUCCUUUGUGGUCAGAUUGUGUGAAAACAAAGCUUAGUUUACACUCUAACUUGUGUAACAGAGCUUCAGAUGGAGCAGUGCUUCUAGUUAGCUUCACCCGUCAAGGAAUGUUGAUGAUAUCAGCUGCAAAGUAUCGACUGAAAAUUUUAAAAUAAUCACUUUUCUUUAUUUAUACUGAAAAAACGUUGAACUUAGUGCCAGUAUUUGUUUCAUGUGGAUAGGCCUGGUCAUUACAGAAAUAUGAACCAUAAACCAAAUCAACAAAUCUGCAUCUGACACAAAUUUCAGCAGAAUCCUGACCUGUCCAGCUCACUUUAAACUACAGGAACUCUACAAUGUUGUCAUGUCACGUGAACGCAGCCUAUUAAAUCUAAUGACGCAGGCUGCACAGGCCGAUUCUCUGUUUCUUCUUGUUGGUAGCACAUGUAAACAAAGGCGAGAUGACAUAAUGUGAACAUAAUGGUGAAAUAUUUAUCAGGAGUGACGUUGAUGUACUUUUUGUAAUGGCAAAGUACUAUUUAAAUAAAGUUCAUGU